AUGCAAGGCUCUCACGAGGUCGAGGAGCAGGCGACGGCCUUUCUGGAUCGACAUCUCCGCUUCACGUCUGAUAGCAAAGCAGAGCGCCCGCACGUGACACUCACCUUUGCUGUCUCGCAUGAUGGCAAGAUCGCAGGCCCAGGCAAGGCGCAGCUAGCACUGAGUGGGGCUGAAAGCAUGCUCAUGACGCACACGUUGCGGACGCUCCACGAUGGCAUCUUGGUCGGAAUCGGCACCGUGCUGAACGACAAUCCGCAGCUCAAUGCACGCCUGCUCUCCCAGCCACCGCCCGUCGCACAACUCCCGAGACCCGUCGUGCUCGAUUCGCAACUACGCACGCCCAUCGACUGCAAGCUCAUUCGAAACCACGCGGCGGGCGUGGGCCGGCAACCGCUCAUCCUAGCAUCCGAGCAGGCGAGCCAACAGCGCCGACUGGAGCUGGAACGCGCGGGAGCCGAGGUGGUGCAGAUGCCAUCACUCGACUGGCAGACGAUCUUGAAGCAUAUCCAUGCAGCCGGAGUACGCCGGUUGAUGGUCGAAGGCGGUGCAGCCGUGAUCGAUAGCCUGAUGCAGCAGCCGCAGCACAUCAAUGCGCUGCUCGUCACCAUCGCACCCGUCACGGUUGGUCCUCAAGGCUUUGGCUUCUCCUCGCCUUUGCCAGACGUCCACGCUAAGGAUGAGCAAGCAGGCUGGUCGCCGCCCAACCGGUCGAAGUUUGGAAAGGACGACGUGGUUGUUUGGCAUCGACAUCGAUAA